CCGUAUAUCUCCAUAUCGCUAAAUACCGAAUACCAACAAAGGCAUAAAUAUUCGAGUAUCUGGAGCGCAAUAUUUUUUGUAUAUUUGACUCUUCCGUUGUAUAACAAGCUCGGCUUUCAGAAAGACAGUGCCGUGACGUCUAUGGCAAGAGUCCUGCCGGAGCUUCUUCUGCAAUCUGCUUCCAGGUUGCUCAAGCAUGAUCAAUGAGGAUUCAACCAUACCUUAACAAUGUCUAGUCUACGGAUUUAUACUCGAAACUAUCCCAAUCGUACGAUUGCACUAGCCACCGCCGAAUACGUAUUGAUCUUUCGCUCUGACUUCUCGGGAGCGGAGACUAACGCUCAAAAUCACCCUAAAACUACGCCACGAUGCUUGGUUGAAUUUGCCCCCAUAUCUUCUGUGGAUCUGAAAGGCUAUCGGAUCAUUGGUGAUGGUCAUGGUACGCUUGGGCUGGUUACUCUGGGCGAGGAUGUUUUUCUGUGCGUGGUUACUGGCUCUUCAAGGGCCGCAACUAUCAAACCUGGAGAAACUAUCUUGAGGAUCAACAGUGUGGACUUUUACUGCCUGAACCAUUCCAAAUUCGAAGAGAAUCUCGACUAUGAAUUUGGAUCUUCAUUCGCGGCUGAAGAUUCCAACCAUGACUUGAACUUCGAAAGCAGAGAGCUGACUCCCGAACUUCCAUUUCUAGCUCUGAAGAAGCUUCUUAGUGAUGGCAGUUUCUACUACAGCCUUGAUUUUAACCUCACUGAUCGAUUGCAGGACCGCUCAGAUGAGCCGGAAGCUUUCGACAUAGAGUCUCUCGACCAGGAUAUGCUUUGGAAUUCGUAUAUGAUUAACCCUCUUCUUCUCUUCAGAAAUCACUUGUCUUUGCUUGAAAAACAGCGUCUUGACUCCUCCCAACUCCUGACAUGCGUCAUACGGGGGUUCUGUGGGACCUUGACGAUCCCUGCUUCUGCUCAAGUGCUGCCCCGUGCACUAACUCGCCUUCCAGCUUUAAUAACAGUGAUAUCGCGUCAGUCCUCUCGACGUGCAGGUACGAGGUUCAAUUCUCGAGGCAUUGAUGAUGACGGACAUGUUGCCAAUUUUGUUGAAACGGAAACGAUACUCUGGAUUGCACCUGAUGUUGUGUUCUCUUAUGUCCAGAUCCGUGGCUCUGUACCUAUAUUCUGGGAGCAGGCUGCGGGUUUCCUUCCCGGACAGCAGAAGAUUGAGAUAACUAGAUCUAUUGAGGCAACGAAGCACGCCUUCGAUAAACACUUCAAACUUCUUGAACUGGAGUAUGGCGCCAUCCAUGUGGUGAAUCUGCUCAGCGAAUUGAAACCCGGGGAAGCCGGUCUUUCAGCAAGGUUUCGGGACCUUUUAACGAAGAGCCCUCUGAAUCAUCAGUCGCCAGACCACGCUCUGCUACAAACAACAGAUUUCGAUUUUCACGCAGAGGCACGAGGGCCCAUGGGAUACGGAGCUAGCACCCAGAUCAGGCAUGAAAUUGCACACUCUGUACAGGGAUUUGCAUACUUUCAGUCCGGCGAAGUUGGCCCUGUAGCUUUAUAUGAUAAGCAUCAUGCACCAAGAAGUUCGUCUGUUAUACUCCAGCAAGAGGGGGUUUUCCGGACAAAUUGCCUUGAUUGUCUCGACAGGACUAAUCUUGUACAAACAAUCAUCAGUUCGAUGGCUCUGGAAGCUUUCUUAGCUCAACAAGGGGGAGACAUAAGCUCCGAUGUGCAAUUGCGACACUCGACUCUUUGGGCAGAUAAUGGGGAUGCUCUAUCAAGAAUCUACGCUGGUACUGGUGCUCUAAAGACCUCAUUCACGCGGCACGGAAAGAUGUCCUUUGCCGGUGCGCUUGCUGAUGCGCGCAAAACAGCUACCCGAAUCUAUGUUAACAACUUCUCCGAUAAGGGUCGUCAAAACACAAUUGACCUUUUGCUAGGACGGUUGACUGAUCAAGUACCAGUACAUCUUUAUGAUCCAGUCAAUGACUUUGUGUUAGAGGAACUAAACCAACGAUCACAAGAAUAUUCUUUUACUAAACCCAUCAAAAUCUGGACUGGAACAUUCAAUGUCAACGGGCGCCACGAAGGGCCUGACUCGGAUUUGCGACCAUGGUUGCUCUCACAAGCCGAUCUUCAAGGAGAGGAUCCGUCAAUAUACGCCGUUGGCUUCCAAGAGGUCGUCACGUUAAGUCCACAGCAGAUAAUGUCAACGGACCCUACUACACGUAAAGCAUGGGAGAUUGCCGUACAUACUUGUCUGAACAGGCAUGCAGAUCUUAGAGGGACUCCCAAGUAUGUUCUUUUGCGAAGUGGCCAACUCGUGGGCACUGCCUUGAUGAUAUAUGUGAGAGAAGACGCUUUGGGCGAUAUAAAGAAUGUGGAGGGGAAUGUGAAAAAGACAGGCCUCUCCGGGAUGGCUGGCAAUAAAGGGGGGUGUGCUAUUCGCUUCGAAUAUUCUAACACCCGAAUUUGCUUCGUCACUGCACAUCUUGCAGCUGGAUUUGCAAACUACGACGAGAGAAACAGAGAUUACGAGACAAUCUUUCGUGGACUGAGAUUUUUGCGGAACAGGUCAAUUGAGGACCAUGACACAGUCAUAUGGCUCGGGGACUUCAAUUACAGAAUCGGCCUUGGCAAUCAAAAAGCGAGGGAGCUUGCGGAGAAAAGAGAUUUUCAGACGCUGUACGACAAUGACCAGUUGAAUUUGCAGAUGGUAGCAGGUAGAGCUUUUCAAUUCUACACCGAAGGGCCCAUCACCUUCCCCCCAACUUAUAAAUUCGAUGUUGGCAGAGAUGAAUAUGAUACAUCAGAAAAAGCGCGCAUACCUGCAUGGUGUGACCGGAUUCUAUGGAGAGGCUCCAACCUUCGACAGAUGAUAUACAACGCUGCGGAUUUGCGACUUUCGGACCACCGCCCUGUCUGGGCUCUGUUUACAUGCAUGAUAAAUAUCGUCGAUGAGGCCCAAAAGCGCAGACUUCAGAAGUUGUUAUAUAAUGAACGACAAAAUGCUGCUCGUAUCAUGCUGGCGGACACGGCAAACCAGGUAGACAUUGAGGAUGGCGAGUCAGCAGCUCUCGAGGGCAUUGCUUCAGGACUUCCGCCUGCUAGCUCAGAUCAUCAUAGAUGGUGGUUAACUAACGGUACGCCUGUGAAGUCUCAAUUGAGGCCUCCAGCUGAGGGUUAUGUGCUGAAUAUCCAUCGCGACUCAAAUCCUUUCUCUGGUGAUGAGAAAGCUAAUUGGGACUCUGCGCCUGUUUUUGGCAGAAGUAGGGGCGAUAUUGAUACGGGAAGACCUCCAUUACCACCAAGGAUUAUGCCCAUGGGCUAUCCUUCUAGCAGAACUUCGGAGGCAAAUUUACCUACGGAUAAUCGAAAAUCUGAAAAUUCAUCAAGUGGCGCAAAAACAACACCACCACCGCGGAAACAUGUUUCACCCGGUACAGAUCAAAAUCCAAUAACAGCUCACUUUGCACCACGCUCAUCGCAAGGUCAGAUAGAAGGGAUUCAAAUACCUUCUGUACGUGACUCGGAUCAGACAGAUGCCCUUAGUUCCGCACGCUGGAGAAUAUUAGAGGACCAGGGUAUCUCUGAACAGCAAUGGAAAGGUAUAAAUUCUCACAGUUCGAGCGAUAUGUCUACGGAGAAAGAGCCGAGUGCAGCUAUGAGGGAUCUUCUUGGGGGAGUAAUUGGCGAAAAUCUUAAUUGGAAACCCCUCACUCCCAAAUGAUAGAUAUGCCUCUGUUUGCUCUCUAACAUGGGCUGUCACCUUACGAUUUGUGCUUUUAAUCCAGAUCAGCCGGGAAUGUUUUCUGCUUUGCCCUGCAGUAAAUUCUGGCGAUCACGAGCGCCUAAUGGACUACGGGAAACAAUACUCUGGAAUAUGAGAAUUGGUAAAUAGCUCAGCUUAUAUACAAAUUUUAAGCCACGUGUUAUAAGG